GCCAAUGUGCCCUAUAAAUCACGUAUAAAAACAAAACUUUCUGGGACAUAUAUUUUCACAGGGUUCAGUCUAUCAGUCAGUAAAUCUAAGAAAUAAUUUUACGGACAAUGGAAGGCUUUGAGAUUGGAAUUCCAGAAAUUGAAAUUCCAGAAAUUGAAAUUCCAGAUAUUGAAAUGACAGAUAUGGGAAUGACAGAAAUUGAAAUGACAGAAUAUGAAAUUCCAGAUAUUGAAAUGUCAGAAAUUGAAAUGCCAGAAAACCAGAAACGCCGAGCCGCGCAACAGAAAAGAGGUCAUCGGGUAGUCCAGGUGAAGGUUAAGGACUUCAUACGCUUGUCUGUUAUAACUGUCACCUUCUGCAACUUCAUGCUUCUGGGUACAGCUGCAUUGACAUGCUCCUUAAAGGCAAUAGGUAGAAAGAUUAGGAGGGAUGUUGCUGGUGCCAAGAAGUUCGCCUGCUGUGCUCUAACUGCCAAUAUUUUUGCCAUCAUUGGGACAAUCAUUUGCAUCAUUGUUAUUGCACUUGUCUUAGCUGUCAAUAGAUGUUCUUAUAAUUGUAGUGAUAAUUAGAUUUAUCCAUCACAGAAAAGCACAACAGUAACCCCUGCAGCACCAGAUAAUUUUGAUUUUGUUGUGAAAAUGAUUCAGCAUGUCAUAUCAUUCUUCUGCAUUUGUAUUUUUACUGGAUAUUAGUUUAUAGUCUGUUUUAAAAAAGCACCAACAUUUACUUUUUA